CCGAGGACGCGCCCGCUCCAGCCCCGCGCCACCGACGCGCCCGCGGCCGCCCUGGCCGCCUCACCUGGCGCAGGCGGACACUUGAGGAAAGGCCUGUCACACACACACUCCUGGCAGCGGGAGGCCCUCCAGCUCUCUCUCUGUCUCAGCAAUCGGUUUUUUAAAGUCCUCUCUUCUGCACUGGGGCCUCCCUGAGUUCCAUGCAGCCUGGUCUCCAGCCUGGGAUCCUCCGGCUUCCUGUGUCAACCCAGGGAAGGAAGGUGUUUCCCUGCCUGUGCCCUGUCACUUCCUGAGGAGACAGCGCAGGCAUGGCCAACAGCCCAACAGAGAGCGCCAACCACCUGCCCUUCUUUUUUGGCAACAUCACUCGGGAGGAGGCCGAAGAUUACCUGGUCCAGGGGGGCAUGACAGAUGGGCUCUACCUGCUGCGUCAGAGUCGCAAUUACCUGGGUGGCUUUGCCCUGUCGGUGGCUCACGGCAGGAAGGCACACCACUAUACCAUCGAGAGGGAGAUCAAUGGCACCUAUGCCAUCUCAGGUGGCAGGAACCACAGCAGCCCUGCUGACCUCUGCCAGUACCACUCCCAGGAAUCCGAUGGCCUCAUCUGCCUUCUCAAAAAACCCUUCAACCGACCCCCUGGAGUGCAGCCCAAGACAGGGCCCUUCGAGGACCUGAAGGAAAACCUCAUCAGAGAAUAUGUAAAGCAGACAUGGAACCUUCAGGGCCAGGCUCUGGAACAGGCCAUUAUCAGUCAGAAGCCCCAGCUGGAGAAGCUGAUCGCCACCACAGCCCAUGAAAAAAUGCCCUGGUUCCAUGGGAACAUCUCUCGGGAUGAAUCUGAACAGAUUGUCCUGAUAGGAUCAAAGACCAAUGGAAAAUUCUUGAUCAGGGCCCGAGACAAUAAUGGCUCCUACGCCCUGUGCCUGCUGCACGAAGGGAAGGUGCUUCACUAUCGCAUCGACAAGGACAAGACAGGGAAGCUCUCCAUCCCCGAUGGAAAGAAGUUCGACACACUCUGGCAGCUGGUGGAACAUUAUUCUUACAAGCCAGAUGGUUUGUUAAGAGUUCUUACAGUUCCAUGUCAAAAAAUUGGCGCACAGAUGGCUCAUCAACAAGGACCAAUUGCUCAUCCUGUGAGUUGGUCAGCGGGUGGAAUAAUCUCAAGAAUCAAAUCAUACUACUUACCAAAGCGGGACGGCAGAAAGGCCUCCCCGUCGCACAGGACCCGGCCAGAGAGCACCGCGUCCUUCAACCCUUAUGAGCCAGAACGAGGACGCUGGGCUGCGGAGAGAGGUCCCCAGAUAGAAGCCAUGCCCAUGGACACAGAGGUGUACGAGAGCCCCUAUGCUGACCCCGAGGAGAUCAGGCCCAAGGAGGUCUACCUGGACAGAAACCUGCUCACUCUAGAGGACAAGGAACUGGGCUCUGGUAACUUCGGGACUGUGAAAAAGGGCUACUACCAAAUGAAAAAAGUGGUGAAAACAGUGGCUGUGAAAAUCCUGAAAAACGAGGCCAAUGACCCCGCCCUGAAGGAUGAAUUAUUAGCAGAAGCAAACGUCAUGCAGCAGCUCGACAACCCCUACAUCGUGCGCAUGAUCGGCAUCUGUGAAGCCGAGUCCUGGAUGCUGGUCAUGGAGAUGGCAGAGCUUGGUCCACUCAACAAGUAUCUGCAGCAGAACAGGCACGUCAAGGAUAAGAACAUCAUAGAGCUGGUUCAUCAGGUUUCCAUGGGAAUGAAAUAUUUGGAGGAGUGCAAUUUUGUGCACAGAGAUCUGGCUGCAAGAAACGUAUUGCUGGUCACUCAACAUUAUGCCAAGAUCAGCGACUUUGGGCUUUCCAAAGCACUGCAAGCAGACGAAAACUACUACAAGGCCCAGACCCACGGGAAGUGGCCCGUGAAGUGGUAUGCCCCCGAAUGCAUCAACUACUACAAGUUCUCCAGCAAAAGCGACGUGUGGAGCUUCGGUGUGCUGAUGUGGGAAGCCUUCUCCUAUGGGCAGAAGCCCUAUCGAGGGAUGAAAGGAAGUGAAGUUACCGCCAUGUUGGAGAAAGGAGAGCGGAUGGGGUGCCCUCAAGGGUGUCCCAGAGAGAUGUACGAUCUGAUGAACCUGUGCUGGACGUACGAGGUGGAGAAAAGGCCCGGGUUUGUAGCAGUGGAGCUGCGGCUGCGCAAUUACUACUAUGACGUGGUUAACUAACAGCCCCGGUGCCUGCCCACAGCUGCCUUCAGUCAAGGAGCAAUCUCAGGAACAUGUAUUCAUAGGAAUCGGUUUCCAGUCUUUCCAUCUCCAGCUGCUGGUGGAGAGAGCCGCCCCCGGGUGGAACAUGCUGGUGACUUCUUAAGCAAAACCUGUCCUAGGACUCACCAACCCCAAAGCAAACGGGGUCCCACAAGAAGACAGAGGACGUGUUGACUUGAGGGGCUGACAGACUGGUUUGUGUCCUUUGUCUGUGUGGUUUUUGUGCAGACUGAUUCUAGGAUGUUUCUGAAUCUCUUUUGUGUCAUUCCAGUUCUUGGGGUCCUGGGUUGCAGAAAGCCCUGGAGACCUGAGGGCAGGGCCCCAUGGCUCCAAGCCAGUUAGCACUGACUUCGGAAAUGAAGGAAGGGGAGGGAAUGGCAGAGGGAGCCGACCUCCCCUAAAACAUGACUCUGACAGCCCACGACGGAUCCUUGGCCAGAGAAAAGCUGUCCAGAUGAGAAAGUGCUUGCUGUGAAGCCUAAAAAAAAAAGUUCAGCCAGAACAGUUUCUAAGCAUGUAGACAAUUAAUGAAAUAACACACCAUCACUAACAAUAAUAAGCCUGGGCAUGGCUUUUGCUCUGUUAUGGGACAGAAGCAUCAUCUAGAUGAGAAAUGAGGCCUGUUGGGGUACAUCAGCUGAGGUUACAUCCCCUGAAGUCCUCUCCCCUGCAGGUGGUCUUAAAAAUUGUUCUGUGCUUUUAUGGAGACUAGUGAAUGAAGUUCCGCGUGGAAAUUGCAUAGUGGAGUCAGGCUGCCCUCAUCCCGUGUCCCAUCAGGGGCAGCUGAGUGAUCAGGCUGCUAUCUACUGAGCAUGGGCCAAGCUUCAAGAUGAAGUUUACCCUCUACAGAGGGGCUGCAGCCAGAAUUCCAUCUUUUUUUUUUUUUUAAACCCAUUUUCUGUUGCUAUAACUGAACACCUGAGACUGAGAAAUUUAUAAAGAAAAAUUUAUCUCUCACACUUCUAGAGGCUGGGAAGCCCAAUGAUCAAGGUGCUAGCACCUGGCAGGAGGCUUCUUGCUGCACCAUAACACAGCAAAGGCAUCACGUGAAGAGAGAGCCAUGCCAGUUGGAGUCACUCUUAUGAAGCCACUAAUCCCAUAUAAAUCCCCAUCCUCUUGGCCCAUUCUAAUCCUAAUCACCUCUCAAGGUCCCACCUCCAAAUACCAUUAACAUGUGAAUUUGGGGAUUAAAUUUCCAGUACAUGAACUUCUGGGGACAUAGUCACACCAGAGCAGAGGGCAACAUGGUGGCCAAAGCCAUCGAAAGAGGAGUUUCUAAAGAGAGUGUCCGUCAUCAUAAAACCAAAGACUUUGAUCCUCACCAUAGAUAGGCCUUAUUUGUGACUAAGUGUGACUUUAGGUUAAAGAUGUAAGACCUGAGAAUUCUGUUAGUCUUUGAAUCCUGGACAUAAUGUUUGAUCUUAUAUAAAUCAUCACCCACUAAUACCAGUCUUGUGGCCCUUGAAAGUUAAAAAGCUAUUUAUCCUGUAUUUCAAUGUCUGUAGAUAUGCAUAAUCUUGGACACAUCUUCACAUCGAAGGCAUUUUAAAGCCUACACAUAGCCAUGGAGGGCAGAAGAAACCCUGUUCCUAACUUGAGGUAUGAAGGAAAGUAGCCAUUUUUUUUGCGUAGCCAAAAAAAAGACACGAGCUGUUGUGUUAGGAAAUUUUUAGGAACCAGCUGCACUUUUUGGAAUUGUGCUACCUGACCAUUCAUUCAUUUCAUUGACGAGAGGAUCCCCAUGUGCUGAACUCACUGAGCAGAUCCUCAGAGCACAUUUACAGUCUCUGAAAUUACAAAGAUGAGUGAGAAAAGUCUCUGUUGAUCAAGCCAUUGAUAGAUUUGGAUCAUGACAGGGAGGGUUGGAUUUGCCGGAUUUGGUAAAGUGAUGAGUACUUCAGAGAUGGGCGCUCUGCCAUUGAACUCUUGAGUCACUUCACCCUAAGUGUGUCUUUAGUAAAGGCCACCUGCUCCUAGGAACAUGGAUGCCCAUGUGUAGCAAACAGGUGCUGUACUUCUUGUCUUUUUUUCUGGUGUGAAUUUCUGGCAUCUUUGGCUACACCCCUCCCAGGAGUCCAGGGCUGACACUUGUCUAGAAUGUGCCUGGGGAACUGGGAUGCAGGAGCCUAGCUCCCUGCAGAAGGUCAUGUGUUCCUCUGUCCUGGGACUAUCCAGUACCUCUCCCCUGGGAGAGCAUGUUCCUGUGUGCACAAGGUCCACUGGGGCCAGCCAGUGAAGUCAAAUUUGUGUCCUACCAUCAGGAAUAAUUUUCCUCUCCCCUGGGGUCACAGUUAGAGAAAGGCAACCUCAUUGAAGAAUUUAGACUGUGAAAAGGGUUAAAUUUGGAAGGUGGGGGAAAGGUCUCCAAGUCCUUCUAGAACUUCUAUCCUGAGCUGCGUUUCCACUCACGGGCUACCCCUCUGAAUGUUCUAACCCUCUAUUUCCCAGGGAGCCGGGCUCACUCCAUGUGCCGGUCACCUUCUGGUCCUUCUUAGUAGGUACUGACUCCCCAGGUCCCCUGGCUGCAUCCCAUUGACUGUGGAUGCCGCAGAUACCUCACCCCGCAGCACAACCGAAUGUCUCUAAGGCAGAAACAAACCUCCGCCCAGUGCUUAGGUCAUUGCCGGUGGUUUCAGUUGAGCGUGUUCUCUGCUCACUCUCCAUCACCCAGUUGCUGGACGGUGACUUCACAUGGUCUUCAGCCCCAGUGACUGCAAAUCCACUUGGAUUUUCAUUUGCAGAGGUGACUGCUGGAUAUUCGGUUCCCCCAAACUCCCAAAGAGUUCACUCCACCAGCAUUUUGCAUUCUUUUUUUUUUUUUUCAGAAGAGCUGCAUUUUGUCACCGGAUAUUUGUAACUGUGAUUUUUUUUUAAAUAAAAAUUUUAAAUUUGCUCUGU